UAAAUUUUAAAACCAAUUGAAGCAAAAAGAAAUCAUCAAAGCUUCAAAACAUGAAAUUUGUGAAACUAAUGGUCAUCACAUUUGUGAUAGUCGUCAUAUCAUCUCUAAUUUUGAUCAAAUCAGAGGUGGCACAGUCGUGGAUUCCAUCAGAUCUCAGGCUGCUAUGCUUACCGGCAAUGACCACAGGAGGACAACCAACUAAGGAUUGUUGCAACACACUGAUUGGGCAAAAGGAAAGUUUAUGUGGUUACAUUACAAACCCAUUAUACUAUUUGUUUUUUACCUCUCCAGCUGCUCGCAAAGUUUUAGAAGUUUGUAAUAUUCCUUAUCCUACUUGUUAAAGCUCA